CACGAGUAUGGUCGAUCACUUUCUCUCCCCCACAGGUGACCGCGGGGAGGCCGACCGCCGGCCAGAUGUGGUGCGGAAGGACCAGGGCCUUGCUCCGGAUGUCGGGGUUAUGGCCGACAGGGGUGCUCGGGAGGAGACCGCUAAACUGCAGUGCUGCGUCACUGGCGGGAAGCAACUCCCCCCGGUGUUGGAAUUGCGGCGGCCUAGGGGGCCCCUUGCGAGGGGACCGGUUCUUCUGCCCUCAGUGCCGCGCGCUGCAGCCACCUGACCCCACGCGAGACUACUUCAGCCUCAUGGACUGCAACCGCUCCUUCAGAGUUGACACUGCGAAGCUCCAGCAUAGGUACCAGCAACUACAGCGUCUUAUCCACCCAGAUUUCUUCAGCCAGAGGUCUCAGACUGAAAAGGAUUUCUCAGAGAAGCAUUCGACCCUUGUUAAUGAUGCCUAUAAGACCCUUCUGGCUCCCCUGAGCAGGGGACUAUACCUUCUAAAGCUCUGUGGAAUAGAGAUUCCCGAAGGGACAGAUUAUGAAGUGGACAGUCAAUUCCUCAUGGAAAUAAUGGAAAUCAAUGAAAAACUUGCAGAAGCUCAAGGUGAAACUGCCAUGAAAGAAAUGGAAUCUAUUGUCAGAGCUAAACAGAAAGAAUUGACUGACAAUGUGAGCAGAGCUUUUGAAAGAGGUACUUCCUUCAUUUCUUGACUUUAUAUGGAAAGAAACUGUAAGCACUGAGGUAUAACCAUCCAUUCAAUGAUUUUGAAAAAGCCAAGGAACUUUUAACAAAGAUGAGAUACUUUUCAAACGUUGAAGAAAAGAUUAAGUUAAAGAAGAUUCCCCUCUAAUGGUUGCUAAUUUUAAAGUUUUAAAAAUAAAGUUCUUAUCUAUUUCUUUUCUGGA